GAUUCCGUCGAUCGUCAUGUUUCUGCUGUAAAGACUUGCCAGUUUGCUUGGACGAUAGGUUGUUUCGUUUCGCUUCAGUUUGUCUUUAGUCCAUUCUUUAUUUUUGUCCAUUAUUUUUCCAGAGAAUGAGCGAUAACGAUGAUAUUGAAGUCGAUAGUGAUGAAGAUUCGUCGAGAUACCAUAAUGUGGCAGACAAGCGGGCACAUCACAAUGCGCUGGAGCGUAAACGCAGGGACCAUAUCAAAGACAGCUUCCACAGUCUCCGGGACUCCGUGCCUGCGCUCCAAGGAGAGAAGUGCCAUGUGUCGCACUCUGUGAAACAGGCUUCCCGAGCACAGAUCCUGGACAAGGCAACGGAGUAUAUCCAGUACAUGAGGCGAAAAAACCACACACACCAGCAGGACAUUGACGACCUGAAGAGGCAGAACGCUCUGCUGGAGCAACAGGUGCGAGCACUGGAGAAGGCAAAGGGUAAUGCCCAGUUCCAGUCGUCCUACUCCUCCAGUGACAGCAGCCUGUACACCAACCGCAAGGGCGGGGCCGUGUCCGCCUUCGACGGGGGCUCCGACUCCAGUUCCGAGUCUGAGGAAGAGGAGCCCCCGAACAGGAAGAAGCUGCGCGCAGAGCCCAGUUAGACCCGCCUCUCCCACACACUCCCACUCUUGCUCCCACACUCUCAUCAAAUCAGUGCGGAGGGACGCAACCAGAGACUCUCCAGUCAAACCCCACCCCACCCCACACCUGUUCUCUGUCGUCUUUAGCAUCGUCUUCCUCCCUCCCAUCCACCACCCCCCCCCCCCCCCCCCCUUCAGGCUGGGAGAGUCCUUGCUCUCGGGGGUUCCUGAGGUCAUCACUGCAGGCAUCCUAACCCUCACAGCGCCCUCUUCUGGACCAGAUCAGCGGGUUUGGACGGGGGUCUCUGGUCCGAUCCAGCCAGCUACUGUCUGGGAAACCUUUUUAUUUUCAUUUUGUUUUUUUUUUUUCUUCUCUCUCUCUAUCUUUCUCUCUUUCUUUCUCUCUCUCUCUCUCUCUCUCUCUCUCUCUCUCUCUCUCUCUUGUGACGUCCCUCCGGUCAUCACAAGUCUGACUCAGAAAACAAGCCACUCCUUGAGUGAGGCAGCUCCGACUUUCAAACGCCUUUUUCGCAAAACCUCACCCCGCGUCGCCAGGACGACCUCGAAGGAAGUGUGGAGGAAGGAGAGGGAAGUGAGCACACAGCUUUAGCUAAGCUUCGUUACCCACCCACCCCUUUGCCCCCAACCCCCCCGGCCCCGCACCCAGCCCCGCCUCACCCCUGCAAGUACGCGGAGCACCAUUAGCCCUAAAGCAUGGGGGGAGAUCGUCCUGCAGGACAGCUUACCUUUUUAAAUAUUUCUACUUUUCCACUCAAGAGAAAAAAAAGAAUGUGAAUUUUCUUUUGGGAGGGGAUGAUGGUAUGUAUGUGUGUGUGUGUGUGUGUGUGCACACGCGUGCGUGCUUGCGUGAGUGUAUGUGUGUUUGUGUUACCUGCCUUGACCGGUAUAGUUGGCUUAAGAUUCUCCCCUCUAAAACUGUUUUGUUGCAACGUAUAUUUUAAGUCUUCUUGAAAUGAGUUUGUGUCCUGGUAGUCAAACUGUUGUUGUUUGCCUGAGAUUAUCAAUUAGAAAUAGAUGAAAACAACGCUUUUGUGAAGUAUUUCUUUUUCCUAAAUUGGAUUAGGCACAAAACAAAAAAAAAAACAAAAAACAAAACACAAAAUCAAAACAAAACAAACAAAAAAAAACAAUUAGGGAUUUUGGGUUGAUGUGCACUCGCCAGUCAGCUGUGAAGACUUAAGAUCUUGAAUAGACGCGGUAACCGGCUGCUAGGUUCUGGAGCUGGAUCGGAGCGGGUUUGUUCCAGAACCUCUUGUGGUCUGGACCCGCUCACAGUACCAGUGUAGUUUGAGGAUGUAAAGUAUAAAUACAAGUGUCUGUCGUUUUCCUUCCCAAAUGGAUAUUGAAUGUUACACAAAGCAGUUAAAGGUAGUAACCUUUUUAUUUUUAUUACAACAAAAGUCCAUAUCGAUGUGUAGUGAAAUACACUGUAUACUCCUCCAUGUUAUCUAUAAUACCAACCGAACCUUCCCAGGAAAUACUUGCCUGUCUGGGGAAUGUUUGUUUUUUGUUUUUUUUUCCUUUUUUUUUCAUUUAAAAAGAAAUAAUUAGUGUGUACGAAAUACUAGGUAAUUGUUUGAUUCCAUUCCAUGGAAAAUACAGGUAUGUUGUACAUACUGCCAACAAUUGUCUUGCAAGUUGAGGCAUACCUUUACUACGAAACUAUAAAUAAAACUAUUUUAUCCUUUUA